AUGGAUGGUGUCAGGGCAAUGAGUGAAAGUAUCAGCCCAGGCUUUAGCUUACCAGUCUUGGUUCAAGUACGAGACCUGCUUAGCGGCACGCAGAAGGUGUCUGACCCUGGUCGGAGAAUGGAAGGACUAGGGAAAGAUAAGGGAAGACCCAAAGACAGGGCAAGGGCACCGACAGUCGCGGUAACCGGGUCCGGGGGAGGAAGGAGAAGAUCUGCGAGCGUGGCUGCAAGCGGAGGAGGAGCGAUUGCAGUGUACAGUAGCGCAAACAGGGUGAUAGUGCGAUGUGACAACCAGAGAGAAAUUGGAAAGGAUGAGGCGAGAGAGAUAUUCACUGUCAAUGUCGAAUUGAACCAAAAUGUGACGCAACAGAGUUCUGACCUCUCGAGCCCAUCGGCCGUGGAACGAUUUGCCGAGAAGAAGUACGAAAGACGUGGAGAAGAAAGGGCUCAAACGGCGAGUCAGAAGCGACCAGAUCGAAGGCCAAGUUCAAGAGUCGAAUUCGUUCAGGGGACUAUAGGGCUGCCACGGGGUAUGGAUUUAGCGCUGCUCAAGAACAAUACCUAA